ACGCGCAAGCGUGCGGCUAUCGAAGAUUCUGUUUGCUUUCCCUAGUCUCUCUCGGCCAAACAGUAGCUAGCAGUCUCGCUCAUCUUGUGCCAUGGGAUAAAAGUGUCUUCUUCAAAGCCUCGUGCCUUACUGGACACCACAAUAAACUGAAUUGCAGAACAAUGGCAGUGGCAAAAAUAUUCCAGUGGCAUCUACUCACAUCCUUCAUUUUUCUAAUUUACGUGGUUAAUCGAGUGAGUGGAAUCAAUUGUUAUGUGUGUUCAUCAAAGGAUAAAAGUGACCCAAGCUGUGAUGACCCUUUUCAUCCAGCUCUUUCGACCUACUCCGAAUCGUGUCAGGUGCCCAAAGAGAAUCACAUCGGACAAUUCCCUGCCAACUAUUGUGUCAAAAUCAUCGGCACAUCCGCCAUAAGUGGUGAGUCUCUCAUGAUCCGGACUUGCGUCUUAGAGAACAUGGACUCCCAGUGUGGAGUCUUCAAAUUCGGGAAGGACCAGUUGACCGGAUGCAUCCUUACCUGUGAAUUUGACGGGUGUAACAUGUCAUCUAGGCAUUGCUUAGCCCUUAUCCUCAUUCCACUUCUAGCUGGGGCACAUCUCAUAUGGCGCUGAGUGAACAGUGUCACUUAACCGUAAUGCAUGGAUCACCUCUUUUCUCAGUCUUCAUUUAAUUAAGUGUCUGUCCCUUACAAUGAAUAGAGUCGGGUGUUUGCCUUUGACUUCGUCUGAUCUAACUUUCAAGUAGUUUGUUUUUAGUUACCGGGUUUUGGAAAGUAUUCUCAUGAGUCUCCCAUAAAAACAACAUUAAUUUUGUAUAUAUGAUUACUUUGAAACAUGGCUGAAUGUUGAAUGUAGGUGUUAGUAACAAACGCAAUUGCAAAACGGAAUAAGAAACGAGACAUUCCAAGCAUCAUGAGAUAAUGAGGGUCUGUCCUUCUCCUCGCUCUUUGACGCUUCCGAAGUCACUUUAUGAGAGGAAUCGUUGUUACACUUAGAUACUUUAGUAGAUUCACAUCACCCGUGCAUCUGAUGUCUAGGCCAAUCCCUUACGACGCUCCUGAUUGGCUGUUGAUAAGCCAAUCACCAGGCUGGAAACUCUCAGUCUGAGACUGAGUUUCCAGCCCUGUGACUGGUUUAUCAACAGCCAAUCAGGAGUGUCGUAAGGGACUGGCCUAGACGUCAGAUGCACGGGUGAUGUGAGUCUACCAUAGAAAGCCGGCUUGGAUGACAUGCAUAGUAAAAAAAAAAUAAAAUAAAAAAAGAGAUUUGUUGAUGUUGUUACAGAGUAUAUUUGAGAAACCAUAUGUAUUAUUAUAGGCUUUGGUAAAGACUUUACCAGCAGUGUCCUCUUUUGGCACUAUGUGCCACAACAGACGAAAUCGGAGCUAAAGCAAAGGAUAAUCCAAAAUGAAUUGAGAAGCGUGUCCUCACUGACAAUAUUGAUAAACAUGAUUUAAUUUUUCAUUCUCUUCAUGAAACAUGAACAUUUCAGGUUCCUCAUUCUUUCACAGCAGCUGUAUUGUACGUAGGUUUCUCUGAGCUCUAUAAUGAAUGAGUUGAAUGUUUAGAGGUUAGCAGUCUGUGCGAAAGGGAGAACUCCUAUGAGGACUCCGGGGCCAAAGCACGAAACUGACGGACAAUAAGAUUAUAUUCCUACUAUGAUGAUCAUGAUGAUGAUGAUGAUGAUCAUGAUCAGAAUCAAACUGACCCAAGUGGGUGAAUUCAGGCGGUAACAUAUGACAUAUUUAUAAUUCAAAGUUCAUGGUUUUAUAGCAGCGCUUUUGUGGUAAGAUAAACCUUUUUUUAUAUCGUUAAAAGUAGAUGUAAGAGAUACUCUUCAUGACAAGUGUGCAAUGACAAAGUUUGUAAAGUAAAAAAAAAAGCAUGAAGAUUGCACAGGCUAUGCAAGUAUCAAAUUUCAUUUUGUAUUUUCAAGAUACCGAGAUACAUAAUCUUCAUUAACAGAUUAUGAUUCAAGUUGAUAAUAAUAACAUUGCAGUAUUUAACAUUCAUUCACUCUAUAUGACUAAAAAUACAAUACUCUAUUUAGUAUCAAAGAUUCAU